AUGUGCAACGCCCAAGCCCCUUGGCCCGAAGUCCUCCCCACUGUGUUCCUUGGUCUUCGCAACUGUUACAAAGAAGAUUUAAAUGCCUCACCGGCUGAUCUGGUGUUUGGCACUAGUUUACGCGUCCCAGGUGAAUUUUUUGUUUCUGAGGACAUGCCAGCGGACCCACAGAUUUUUCUCGAGCAGUUCCGAGAGCACAUCAGGGCAAUGCGGCCUACAACUACAGCUCAUCACACGAGAUCCCGGAUUUUCAUUCUCAAAAAUCUGUACUCGUGUUCCUACGUUUUUCUGCGUAUUGAUGCAGUUAAACGGCCCUUGGAGCCCCCUUACUCUGAACCGUAUGAAGUCCUGGAGCGCCUGGAUGACUAUGUCUUCAAAAUCAACGUUGAUGGAGUGGAGAAAGUCGUCUGUGUGGACAGUCUUAAACCUACUUACAUUGCCAAGGAGGACUCUUCAUAG